CGGUGUGAAGAAUUCGGCGUAUAUGCCGUAAAUGAAACUGCUGAAUUUAAUGCAAGAUUUUUCCAAUUUUAUCCAAAAAUAUUUACAGUUAACCACAUUUAGAACCCAGUUAUGAACUUUGUAAUGGAGACAGACGAAUCCAGUGCUUCUGAAGAGAAUAAUUCAGAUGCAUCAUACAUUGUGGAAGCAUCUGAUUCCGAUGAAACCAUCGAAGACGUGGUGUCACUUCCAUCCACAGAUAGCACGUUUGAUUUAACGCUACCUGCAACUCACUCGUAUUUGGGAAAUAACUUGGAGGAGCUGAGAGGUCGGACUAUUUUGGAUGAUGGUAUAUAUAUGAACCUGCCGUUAUUAGUAAAACAAUCGGUCAUUUUAUUCCCUGGUCAAACACUGCCACUAACUGUCCAUGGAAGAGAUACUAUCGAGAUGCUCCAAAAGUGUAUAGACAAGGAUCGAACUUUUGGUGUUGUUUGCUUGGAUCGUGACAAAAUGAUCCCUAUUGGAACAACAGCUGAAAUUUAUCAAUACAAAUCAGAAAUUCAAUCAUAUGGGUUUAGGGUGAAAGCAAAGGGGAGACAACGUUUUAAAAUAUUGCGUCUAAUACAGGGCUCGGGCAAGAUAUCUGCUGAUGUUAAAAUACUACCAGAAAUAUCACUUGGACCACCGUUAUUCGACGAGCGAUUAGUCAGCUUGGAUCGCCUGAGAACACCUCCCACUAAUAAACAUCAAGCAAAAAGACGGCAAAUAUUAGAAAGAUAUGACGCAGUAGCAACUCCUUGGCCAUCCUGGGUCUAUAGACAGUACGAUUCAAGAAUACUUGCAAUCAGAAUCAGGCAGUUUUUACAAUACAUUGAAACACAGGGCAGUAGUAUUCCGGAAGAUACAACAGAAUUAUCAUUUUGGGUUGCUCAAAAUCUACCACUGGACGACAGCGAAAGAAUUUUAUUACUGGCCUAUAAUUGUGCCAUUCCUAGGUUACAAUGGGAGAUCAAAUAUCUGGUCAAGGACCGAGUUUUCACGUGUUCCCAAUGCAAUGAAUUCAUUGGAAAACAGUCUGACAUAUUUCCUAUGAGUAAAGAAGGGCCGCAAAAUGCUUAUUGUAAUCCUGCCGGAAUUAUUCAUGAUACGGUGACUCUAUACAAAGCUCAAGGCCUGGUACUUAGCAGAGAGGAGCCGUGUACCGAUUUUAGCUGGUUUCCGGGGUAUGCUUGGACAAUAGCUUCAUGCAACUGUGGUGUCCACAUGGGAUGGAAGUUCACAGCAGUUCAGAGUGAUCUUAGACCUGUGGCAUUUUGGGGACUUACUAGAAAAAGCUUACGAUCAAAAAAACUUGGCGCAAAAGAACAACACUGGAAAAGUAGAAUUCAAAGAUAUAACAAUUCCGACGAUUUUUUGACAUGGUCUGAAUAGUUAAUGACAAUCAUAACCAUAAUCAUAUAUGA